CCAUUAACCCCCAAUAGAGAGAAAAAAACCCAAAACCAAAAAACCCUAACUCUUCUCCCCAUCGAUCUCCUCUCUGAGCUCUCUCCGACAGCCGCCGCCAGGCGAGGACGCGCCGGCGCCCGUCGCCCAUCGCGCCGUAGCCGACCUCAUCACCUCUCCGGCGCCCCGCGGCCUGCGCCGUCGCCCCGUCUCGCCGUCGCACCCGCACCGCCCCGGCGCCCCGCGAGCCCGCGACGCCGCCCGGGCCUGGCGAGUGGCGUCGGCGCGCUGCCGUCCUGUUCGUCCACCGACCAUUCACCACCGCACUUUUCCUGUCCCGAGAGCCGAGAGGCCGAAGCUUAGGUGGUGCAAUGGCUUUAAGUUCAUCCAUUAGCAUGUCUCGGCGUCUUUUCAAGGGACUUACUAUCAACCCGGCAUUGGCAUCUGGGAUGACGUGCCAGCAUCACCAGCUUCAACAGCAUGCGCCAGUGAGUGGAACAGCCAAGGGUAAGGCUAAGCUCAAGUCUGGCCAACAAUUGAAGCGUAACACCAUUGGAGCAAAGAAGGGCGGCGCGCCUUCCACUGGUGGGGGUGGUGGCGGUGGGCGUGGUCGUCGUGAGGCUAUUGAGCGUAUUACUCAGAUUGCAGAGUCUUGUCUGAAUGCCUCAACUCCUCUGCGCCAUCUAUCCCCCAAGGAGCGUCUUCGUGAGGCCAAACGUGAGGAGCUUGGACUCAUUUCUAAGGAACGUCAACGUGAACUUGAUUUAGCCAAGGCUAAAGCCAAGUCCAAAGGUACCCGUGAGGGUGAUGGUGGCCGUGUGCUGAUGGGUCCACCAGGUCUUGACUACAUCAGUCUUGGAUUGGUUGAUGAGGACGCAAUCCCUAAAUACGAGCUGACAGUCGAAGAUGGCCGGCGACUUGCCAAACAAUACAGUCAGGUGCUAAUGCGACGGCACCGCGCACGGCAAACUGCAGAAUCGUCUCUUCUAAGUCUCAAGAAGGAGGCCAUUGCAGCACUCCCUGAGAAGCUGCGAGCUGCUGCUAUGAUUCCUGACAUGACACCAUUCCCUGCAAACCGAUACAUGGCAACACUCACGCCACCAAUUGAAGGGUAUAUUGAAAAGGUGCGGGAUGCUGCCAAGAAGUAUUCUGUGAAGGAGAAACUUCGCUGAUUUUUACCUCAAGGGAGGAAAGGGUAUCUAGAGGUACAUGAACAUGUCAGGCUGUCAGCUAUGACAACAGAGCAUACUUUGUUGAUUGGCAUAUCAAUGCAAGGAGAAAUUGGGAAGCUUGUUCAAUUUUCAGUGAGUUUUUGGUCAUUUUCUUCUGGCUGGGAUGCUGCAUGAAUGGCAAUUUCUGAAGCUCGAUGGGCAUUCGCUUUGUUUCAUUGUUUGUUUGUUACGAAUGUUGUAUGCAGCCACUUCUGUAAUAAGUUCCCGGCAGUUAGAUUUGCUUCUGCCAUUUAGAUUUUGCGAACUUUUUUUUUACUGCUAAAAUGGCUGUAGCAAAGCAAUGCCUCACUUAGGAUCUUGAUAAUGGCUCCCGUGUUUCUCUCGGCAAAAUAGCACUGCUGUCUGCUCCUGAAUUUAAUCUGGAUAGUGCUGCUCCUUAGUUUAA